AUGCCGACACAUGUGGAAGAAGUGCAGCCCGUCGUGGCUGGCAAGGGCCGCGACCCGACGCUGCCGCCCAACCACCCCAUCAAUGCCUUUUCGCCAAUGCGCAAAAUGGGCAUCGUCCUGUCGCUCGCGUACGCGGGCUGUCUCGCCAACUUUGCCAUUGCCAUUUGCAACGUUUCCUUUGGGUGGGUCACUGAUCGAGUGUUGGCUGACAAUAGUGAGGUCGGAAAGUCGCUUGGAGUUGGUCCCGGCGACAUUGCCAAUGCGCUGGGCUACAAUCUUCUCGGGUGUGGAGUCGGCUCGCUGUUUUGGAACCCCCUCAGUCGUUCGUGGGGCCGUCGGCCAGUCUACCUGAUCGGAUCAUUCCUCUUCAUGCCCGUGUGCGUAUGGGAGGCGCUCUCCAAAAACUAUGCGUGCUUUGUCGUUGCACGCAUCAUGGCCGGCAUUGUGACCAGCUGGUCCCAAACCAUUCCGCCCUCGUCAAUCGCCGAAAUCUACGUGCCACAAAUGCGUGGUUCCAAGAUGAGCAUCUUUGGCGUCGCCGUCGUCAUUGGACCAGUCAUCGUGCCCAUCUUUGCAGCCGCCAUUGUCGAGCACCAUUCGUGGCGCAACCUGUUUUGGUUCAAUCUCGGCCUCGCCGCUCUCCAGUUCCUUCUCAUCCUCUUCUUUGUCCCAGAGACGAUGUGGAACUGGGAGGAGAACACGGAUAUUGUCGAAGUGGACGACAAGAAGGACACUGUAGUGGAGCACAAGCGCUCUGGCUAUGUCGGCCCCGCCUUCCUCCCCCACACCGACUGGAAGCGCUUUUGGCCCCUUUGCUGGUCGCCCAUCUACAUGAUCCACUAUAUCGUCAUUACCGUUCCGUCCUUCUACUAUGGCAUCUGCCUCGGUUUCCUCUCCGUGGCACCAACCGUCAUCUUCCCGCAAAUCUUUGGCAAGCCGCCCUACUCAUUUGCAGUCGUGCCGCUCGGGUGCGCCUUCCUCGGCUUUGGAGUUGGCGGCGUGCUCGGCAAGUGGUCUGGCGGACACGUGUCCGACAUGAUCGUGGCCUACAUGGAGCGCAAGCAUGGCCGCCGCAUCCCAGAGGACCGCCUGUGGGCUGGUAUCCCGCUCCUGCCGCUCAUGUUCAUUGGUCAACUGCUUUGCGGCGUGUGCGUGCAAUACGAGCUGCACUGGAUGUGCUUCAUCGUCGGCGCCGCCAUCAACUUCUUUGCCCUCAGCGGCAUCACGACCGUCAUCCUGACAUAUGUCCUCGAGACGUACAUCUCAAAGGGCAUGGACACCCAGGCCGUCUUCAACUUUUGGAAGUACCUGUGGGGCUUUGCCGUGCCCUUCUUCACCAUGAAGUGGGGCGAGACGCGGGGCUGGAUGGCGUGCUUUUGCGGCAUGGGCGCCGUGCUCACUGGCUUUGGCGCACUCAUGAUUGCCGGACUCAUCUGGAAGGGACACGCGAUCCGCAAGUGGCAGAACAUGCCCAUGGAGGACUAG